AUGGCAACAGGAGCAGAUUAUUUGGGCAACGCAGCAUGGGUGAAGAGAAUGGAGCAGCUCUUUGACUCAUAUGACCUGGACAAGAACGGCCAGAUCACCAAAGAUGAGUUCCACACGAGCAUCAACAAACUUUCCCAGAAGGUCACUGACCGCCCGGAACUCAUCGAAAAGCUUCGAAAGAGCACUGUAGAGCUAACGGACGCACUCGGGCUGGGCGACGGGGUAAAAGCCGAUAGGAAAAAGUUCGUGGAACUGUUAGCAGCGUUUGUGGUGGGGGAGAAGGCGAAAACCCUCAUAGAAAAACACAACGUUGCCUUGUUUGAUGUGGUGGACGGAAACAACGAUGGAAAUCUGACUUGGGAUGAAUACAAGUCUGUCAUGGAGGUCAGUGGGUUUGAUGAGGCCACUGCUAAAGCCGCCUUUGAUACGCUCGACAAGAACAAGAAUGGAAAAAUUGAUCGCAAAGAGCUGGCGUCAGCUGAUCUGAAGUUCUGGACUGGUUUGGACUGA